AAUAUUACGAUUCUCUCCCGUGAAUUCAUCGAAUGUAAUAACGCUGAUAAGAGCGCUGGCGAAUUUCGUAUCGCCUUCGUGUAACUCCUAUUCCCAACAUCUUCCUCGGAUUCAACUUUUCCUCUUACAAUCGCUUUAUCCGCCAGUAAGUAAUCUGUAAGUUUCUUUUUCCGUCCGUCCUCCAUGCGCCAUUAACGAAUUCCUGACAACCAAACCGAGUGGCGUGCUGAUGGUUUCCCACUCUCCAUUGGCAUCUUCCUCUCCCUUCCUCCCCCUCCCUCGAUGCAUAAUCCUCGCUUACAUCGAUAAGAGGAAGCCGAGAUGCCGCAGUCUCUCGGAGUCGAAUGUGCUCCCUUACCCCCAUCUCGCGUGGUGGUUCGCCAGUCGUCCAAUAUAUAAGUGAAACGGCGCGACGAUUGACAGACAACGUACGGAACGUUGCUUUUGUCGUUUUUCAACGUGUCUUUACUUUUCACUCGCGCGCGCGCACGUGUGCACACCAGCGUAUGUACCAAGCAACACACGUGUUUCUCCGCGCCCCUUGACCUCUCUUCACGCCUGUCCCUUGACUGUCAGUGUCGGUCAUUCGGUCGGCUGCGGCUACCACCGCUGCGCGCUGGAUUUCAGCUAAUUUCGUCACUCUUGCUCGAAGCGUCGUACGAGCCGAUACUUUGAGCGGAAUCUCUCGUCGGAAAGCCGUUUUAUCACGAAAUACAGAUCAACUUUUUGACUUCUCGCCAACAAGAAAGGAAGGAAGAGUACAAAGGAAAAAUGAAGCUAAGAUGGCGCGAAAGAUGCACGAUUCUUCUCUUGUUAUUUUUACCAACGACGACAAUAGCAGUCGGCGAUGUAAGACCUGAAACGAUUCUCAUGGAUGUCCUCGCAAAACCCUUCGUAUCACACAGCUGGUCCUCGAAGGAAUGUCUUCAAGACACUGCGAUUUAUUUGCAGGAGCUCGAAAGAUACACACAUUGGGCGCUUCAGAUGUACGAUGCCUCGGCCAAGAUACCAGCGGGUGUGAUCACUGGCAAUUACAAGCAGCUGGGCAAUUACGACGAAUGUUUGCGAGUGAAGAGCAACCGCGGAUUCGUCGGACAAGCUUGCUACGCGUCAGUGCAAUUUGAGAUAAUGGCGAACAACAGCGAGUCCCUGCGCGAAUCGGACCUGGGAGAUCUGCUCGUCAACGUAGCUGUCGCCUCGAAUUCGACGAGAUGGAAGUCCGGCAGCACGGUGAUCUACGAAUGGAUGUGGUGCGUGCCGUCUACUUGCAAUCAUACCGACGUGCAGGAUUCUCUCGAAAUCGCGCUCAACCGACUCAAAGUCAAAGGACGCGUAGAUGUCAUCGUUCACGUUCCCAAGGAAUCUUGUCACACCGUGGAAACUGCACGCGCGAUCUGGGCUAUCGCCGACUGGUGCUACAUAUCAAUUCUUGUACUGUUCGCAUUGAUCAUUAUAGCCAGCACAGGAUACGACAUCGCCGUGAAACGUUGCCUCAUCACGGAAUCGAGUCGAAAAGCUCUCUUUGCAUCGUUUUCUCUGUACACAAAUGGAAAACAUCUAUUCCAAAGCGACAGACAUCAGAAUUCUAUCGACUGUCUGGACGGUUUGCGCUUUCUCAGCAUGUGCUGGAUCAUUUACGGACACACGUAUUACAUGGAGGUGGUCGGUGUCAAAAUAAAUCUCACACAAGUGCCGCGAAUGCAUUACGAUUGGAGCAACAUGCUGGUGCUUAACGCGAACAUCGUGACAGACACGUUUUUCCUGAUAAGCGGCAUCCUGCUCGCUUACACCGAGCUGUCGAGGAAGGAGCGAAACAUCAACUGGCGCUUCAAUGCGAUCGACCGUUACGUGCAUCGUUACGUCAGAUUGACGCCGGCUUAUGCGAUGAUGAUUGGUUUCUACGCAACUUUGUUCGACAAAUUUGGUACUGGCAUAUAUUGGAACACCUGGGUUGGUCUCAACAAAAAUAUCUGUCGUGACAAUUGGUGGACCAAUUUGCUCUACAUCAAUAACUACGUCAACGUGGAGAACAUUUGCAUGUCCCAAUCUUGGUACCUGUCAACCGACAUGCAACUUUUCUGGCUGUCGCCGCUUAUUCUGUACCCUAUGCUCAAAUUCAGGAAGCUCGUCUUCGCCAUUAUAUUCGGUCUUGCCUUGUUUGUCUCGAUAUUAUUACCCUUUGCUGUAACUUAUAUUUACAGUCUAACGGGCACAAUGCUCUACUACAAGCAACAGGACGAUGUAGUCAAUGUUUUCCUCAAGAUUUAUACAAGGGUCUACAACAGAUUCGGUUCUUACCUUAUCGGGUUAGGUCUCGGCUACUUGUUGCACAAGACACGAUCUUGCGACAUUAAAUUGCAUGCCUGGCAUGUAACUUGUGGCUGGCUCGUGACAACUGCGGCGGGCUUGCUGGUCGUUUUCGGACCACGUAAUAUGUACAUGGACACUUACGUAUACAAUAGGCUGGAAGCGAGUUUCUAUGCCGGUUUCCACCGACAAGUCUUUGUGUUGGCGAUUUCUUGGAUCAUCUUCUGCUGCGUGCACGGAUACUCAGGUCCCGUGAAUCAUUUUCUCUCUUGGCAUGGAUGGUUACCGUUUCGCAAAUUGAGCUACUGCGCUUAUCUCUCUCAUUAUGUGUUUAUGCUGUCCGAUAUCGGAAGUGUUCGAACCAGUGACAUUUUAACACCGAUGAACGUGGCACGUGCGUUUUUUGCCAAUUUGGUUUUCACGAUGAUGCUGUCCGUGCUGUGGACCCUCUGCUUCGAGAUACCCUUCAUGACUCUCGACCAGAUUCUUUCGGGGCGCGGAAAAACGAAAGCGUGGAGUCAGACGAAACGUUACGGUUCCGUGGAAUCUGGAAGAGACAUUUGCCAAUCGAGAGAGAAACCAUCGGUCGCGGACGACAAGCUUAACUUCGACACAGACUCUAUUACAGUCAGCCAUUACAGUGUUAUGGGGAAUGUACUAGAGAAGUGCACUACAGAGAGUCAGCUUAACGAGCACACAGAGCACGGCGUCAACGAGGAGACAGAGAAGGAUCACGGUCAAGUUUAUGCCAUUAGUUCGAAUAAUCACGAGCGCGACAAGUACUCGAAUGUAAACCCCGAUAAGAGAGAGAUUAAGAGUUAUCUUAAUUUUUAUCAGUUCUUCAACGAACGACGGAAAAUGACUUCAUUUGGGAGAGAAUUAGGAUCUAUUGAUACCGGUCCUGCUACCUGCAGAAAUUGACGGCGUAAAAUCGCGAUUGACAAUUGAAAUUGGCUUUUUUUUUAACAUGAUGGAACAACUUGGACACUCUUGCAUCUCAAGUUUAAUGGCUCUCGAUGAGAGAGUUUCUUUUUCUAGAGAAUUUGAUUAAUUUUCGGGAAUUAAGUUCUCUCUCUUGACUGAGAGAAGUAAUAUUUUUUAAUUGAUGUCAGGCAGCGUAUUCGUAAGAUUGAUAGAGAAGAAUUGCUAUCUCAGCAGUGAAUUGAAUAGUUUCGGAUAUAUCUGGAUAUUGUGAUAUUAAAAAUCGUGGGUAAUAUUCAUUUACUUUAUUUGUAAUUGAUAUUCUUAACAACGGAUGUCGUAUCAACUAUUUUGGUUUUUAAUUUUUCGAGAGAGAGAGAGAGAGAGAGAGAGAGAGAGAGCGGGAGGAAGUGAGAAAAUGCUAUACGCACUAAUCACCGCUGCUACGAGAUAGUAUCUAAUAUUCUGACUACCUAAUAUUGAAUACUGAUUGACCACUAUUCGAUAAUAUUGUGGCCGUUGAGCCACAACAACGUGUUCGCAGUGAUACGCCUUGUGAAAUAUAAUACAAUCUGGAAAUUCUCCCUCCCCCUUCCCUACGAAAUCCAAAUUUAUCUUUUUCUCUACUUGUAUCU